AUUCGAUCACUAGAGAUGUUGCUCAGAAUAUAUUCGCUAUGUAUUUUAACAUUGGAUCUCAUGAUGCUCCUCUGUGGAAUAUGCUACGCUAUCCUGAUUGCAAUCUAUAGAAUGUUUAAACCGCCAUCCUUGAAAAAUCUUAAUUUUGAAGUUGCUAUGAUUGUAGGUGCAGGACGUGGAGUAGGUAGGGAACUCGCUCUACAGUUAUGUCAAUUUGGUGUCACGGUUGCUUGCGUAGAUAUUAAUAUUGAAACUUGUAUUGCUACUGUACAAAGUGCUAGGCAAAUACAUGGAGUAUGUAAGAAUUAUCAGUGUGAUGUACGAGACAAGGAAGCAGUUGUUCGAACAGUAAAUCUCAUUAAGAAAGAAUUAGGAGACAUUACAAUGCUCUUCCAUUGCUGCGGUUUGCCCAGUCCACGUGCAUUAGUACAAGCAUCAUCAGAAGUAAGGGAUAUUAUGGACUUAACAAUCAUUAGUCAUUUUUGGUUGUUGGAUUCAGUUUUGCCAUGUAUGCGACAUGCUGGUAAGGGUCACAUCACAAUCUUGUCUUCUGUCGCCGGUCUUUCUAAUGGAUCAAGUAAUCGUAAAACCAGAGUUCCCUUAUCUACUGCUCAAUUUGCACUACAAGGAUUAGCUGAGUCUUUACACAUGGAACUGAGACAUUCAAAUAGUAAUAUCAUUGUUUCAUUAGUUCAUGUAUAUUCAUUUAUUGUUGGGACAGAAGCUGCGAAAGAUAUACGUUUUAGAAUACCAAGUUACUUUGGUACAAUGUCUGCCACGGAAGCAGCUAAACAAAUUUUAGAUGGUGUUCGCCGAAAUUACGCAGAAUUUAGUGUACCAGGAUAUCUGUUUUAUCUCGGACAUAUCCUUAGGAUUCUUCCAAAAAAGGCAUCCUUAAUGUUGCGAGAUUUGUUAGACACUGGAGUUGAUUUUGCAUGAUGUUAUAUACAAGUAAUAUUUUGUUAUAUUUUUUUUUUAAUAUGAUUGCGAUAUUUUGUUAUGUGCAAAUACACAUACCUUGAUACUUAAUGUGCAUGAAACUCAAAACUGCUAUUUUUGAGUAUGUAUAAUGGUUUUAUAUUUACUUAUUUC